AUGGCGAUGCAGCUUGAUCUUUCUCAAGCUUCGGUGUUGAAGGAUGAGCAGGGCCGUCCGUUUAUUGUCGUUCGCGAUCAAGGAAGAAAGAAGAGACAACAUGGCACUGAAGCCGUGAAAUCGCACAUUGUGGCCGCUAAGACUGUGGCCAACAUUGUCAAGACUUCUUUGGGUCCUCGCGGAUUAGACAAGAUCCUUAUUUCCCCCGACGGCGAUAUCACGGUUACCAACGACGGUGCAACCAUUCUCGGCCAGAUGGAAAUUACAAACAACGUUGCAAAGCUUCUUGUCGAGCUCUCCAAGUCACAGGAUGAGGAAAUCGGCGAUGGCACAACCGGUGUGGUGGUGUUGGCCGCUGCCAUGCUGGAGCAAGCUUCAGACUUGAUUGAUAAGGGAAUUCACCCCAUUCGGAUAGCCGACGGCUACGACCAGGCCUGCGAGAUUGCUCUUGCCGAGCUUGACAGAAUCAGUGACGAUAUCCCCUUCAGCAAGGAUGACACUACCAACCUGCUCAAGGUAGCAAAGACCAGUUUGGGCAGCAAGAUUGUCUCCAAGUCUCACGACCAGUUCGCCAAGAUUGCUGUGGACGCUGUGCUCUCUGUUGCUGAUUUCCAGCGUAAAGAUGUUGAUUUCGAGUUGAUUAAGGUUGACGGAAAGGUCGGCGGAGCCCUCGAGGACUCUUUGCUUGUGAAGGGUGUCAUCAUCGACAAGGACUUUUCCCACCCCCAAAUGCCUGAUGAGGUUCUAGACGCCAAACUCGCUAUUUUGACUUGCCCCUUCGAGCCCCCGAAGCCAAAAACCAAGCACAAGCUUGAUAUUACCUCUGUUGAAGAGUUCAAGAAACUUCAGGAGUAUGAACACGAGAAGUUCAAGGAGAUGAUUGAGCAGCUCAAGAGCUCCGGUGCAAACCUUGUUAUUUGUCAAUGGGGUUUCGAUGACGAGGCCAACCACAUGCUCCUUCAGAACAAGCUUCCUGCCGUCCGAUGGGUGGGUGGUCCCGAAAUUGAACUCAUUGCGAUCGCUACAAAUGGUCGCAUUGUGCCUCGGUUCGAGGAUCUUACCGCGCAGAAACUGGGUACCGCUGGACGUGUUCGUGAGAUGACCUUCGGUACCACAAGAGAGAAGAUGUUGGUUAUCGAGGAGUGUGCAAACAGCCGAGCUGUCACUGUUUUCAUUCGUGGUAGUAACAAGAUGAUUAUCGAUGAGGCUAAGCGAUCACUACACGAUGCUCUGUGUGUGGUGCGCAACUUGGUUCGUGACAAUCGUGUCGUGUACGGUGGCGGUGCUGCGGAGAUUGCUUGCUCAAUUGCUGUUGAGGAUGCCGCUGUUAAGAGCCCGGGUAUUGAGCAAUACGCUAUGCGUGCUUUCGCCGAUGCUCUGGAUGCCGUUCCCCUGGCCCUGUCUGAAAACUCUGGUCUGAGCCCCAUUGAGACUCUUGCCUCCGUCAAAUCUCGCCAGGUCAAGGAGCAGAACACUCGCCUCGGUGUUGACUGCAUGCAGACCGGUACCAAUGAUAUGAGGGAGCACUUCGCCAUUGACCCCUUGAUCGGUAAGCGCCAGCAACUUCUGCUUGCUACUCAGCUUUGCCGCAUGGUUCUCAAGAUCAACAAUGUUAUCAUCUCCGGCGAUGAUGACGCUGAAUUUUAG